CCCCAUUACAAUGACUCGUCUGCCGAGGGCACCCAUAAAGAUAUCAUAGGGUAUCGUAGCGAACUUCUUUCCAACAUGACCGAGUCAGCUUCGGGCGGGAGAGUCGAGACUGGAUUAUAACGUCAGGAACGAAUGUGCCUUUGAUGCUGGAAUCCGGCGAAUGACAUGCCCCGAAGCAAAGUCUCGACCCAAGACCAGUACUCAGACGAACUUGAAGGAUGUUAGACUUUGGUAUCUGGAACCUAAGGGAGCUUCAGACAAGUAUAAAGGUGACAGCAUAUCCUACCAUUAGUUUUCAUCGAUAACUCUGUCUCCGAGUAGUACUCAGCGGAGUCAACCACCAGUACACGAUGACCUUUUUCAUGAUCCAGAAUCUUUUCCAUAAUCUCAGCCAUGUCCAGAUGAAUCGUUUCAACCAGGUUCUGGCUAGAAACACUGGUCACGGUGAUCUAGUCGAGGUCCAAUGGAUCGACGCAGCUGCGGGCAAAGCGAAUCUCCUGGAUAUAGCGACGAACAUGUUUAUUACGAUCAGUGAAGUAGGCCAGGUCGUAGGCUCCGUCAAUCCCCAGCUGCUCCACUUGAACGUGCAGGGCGACGGAAGCUUUGUAAUCCAUGCGGUGGGCGACGCUGUUAAAAGGCUGGUUCUCGAUGAGCCCUCAGGCCCGAUCACCAGUGGCCCGACUCCUCUCGCGGACGCUGCGGACUUCAACAAGCAGUUCUGGGUGCUUGUUGAGCUGUAG